GUAAACAAGCCGCUCGCGGACAGCUCUGCUGUUGUGUGGAUACAGCUGGAAUCCGGUCGUGUUUCGGUCUCUCAGCUGCAUAUUUCAGCAACAAUGGCUUCAGUUCAGCACCUGAGAGCGUUUAUCAGCGCGCGACUAACGGCUGCUGCUGAAGAAAUAUUCACCGAGUUUGAAAAAACCAUCGUUCAGUACGAAGAAGAGAUGGUCCGCCAGCGCCGCCUGCUGGAAGCCAGCUGGAAGCCUCACAUACACCUGCGCAGGAUAGACCUCCCACAGCAUUACCUCUGUAAGGAGGAAACUCCCUCUAACCAGCUGCUCUGCAGCCAGGAGAAGAACCCCAGCACAGAAGAAGAACCCCCCCACAUUAAAGAGGAAGAGGAGGAACCCUGCACCAGUCAGGGAGAGGACCAGUUUGUACUAAAGCAGUAUGCUGAUACCUUGAUGGUAGCCCUGGUUACUCCCACCCAUGAGGAAAGUAGCUACAGUAAAUCAGAACCACAGAGCAACCAACUCCUCUUUCCUUUAAUUAAGAACCAAGAUCAGAGCGGAAAUGGGUACGAAGAUGAAGCAAUGAAGGGACAGCAUAUAAACGGAAGCUGCAGUAGCAAAGAAGGCAACGUUUCCAUGUUGGAGAGUCAACGUAAUACUGAUAAAGAUCUCCCACUGCAAUAUGUCUAUAAGGGAAAGUUUCAUUCCAGUCAGCCCCCCAGUAUGGACCAGGAGGCAAUGCAACCAUCACAUGUUAAAGAGGAAGAGGAGGAGCUCUGCACCAGGCUGGAAGAAGAGCAGUUCAUGCUGAAGCAGGGGAUUAAUCCCCUUCUAGUGACUUCUGCAGAAAGUGACCACAGUGAACCAGAAUCAGGCAGGGACCAGCUCCCGGCUCAGUCCUCUCAGGAAGGAAGCAGGAAUGAAAGCGCUGAACCAACUAGAGGAGCGGAGAUGAAGGAUCACGCCAACCCCAGUGUGACCAGUCAGAGUAAAUGUUAUGCUGACUCCGGGUGUGGGACUGUAAAAUGUGGCGUUUGUGAAAAAAUCUUUAAGAAUAUCUCAAAACUAAGGGCACAUUAUGGAGUGCACACAGGUGAGAAGCCAUAUUCAUGUCAAACAUGUCAGAAAGCUUUCAGAUGUAGCGCCGGUUUGUUGGGUCACAUGAGAACCCACACAGGUGAGAAGCCUUUUUCUUGUUCCGUAUGUGGAAAGCGUUUCCGGUACAGCGGUAAUCUGACAGCUCACAUGAAGAUCCACACAGGCGAGAAGCCUUUUUCUUGUUCUAUAUGUGGAAAAUGUUUCAGACAUAGUGGAAAUCUGACAACUCACAUGAAAAUCCACACCGGUGAGAAGCCAUACCUUUGUAAAACAUGUGGAAAGAGAUUUUCUCAAAUGGUGACACUUCGAAGGCAUGCACGAAUCCACACAGGUGAGAAGCCGUACCCUUGUAAAGCAUGUGGACAAAGUUUCCGUAGCCAUAGAAGUCUAAAGUCACAUAUGACAACUCAUGCACAUGAGAAGUUAUAUUCAUGCACAGAUAUGACACUUCAUUCCUAGUGGGAAGUCGUGCCAGCACACUACAACUCAAUGAGCUGCAGUCCUGAACCGUUUGGAAGGAAGACGUAAAGGCGGCUUCAUACUCGCGCGGCGUCUGCGUGCGGUCGGUUACGGCGUAGCUGAUGCUGAGUGAAGUGUAGAAACGUUCCAGUGCUCCUGGCAAAUCAGCGUUUUUAAAAAAUGAUUUUUGCUUUUAUUUAUCUUCAUUUCUUUUUCAUGUUUGCAAGUAUUUUGAAAUUACGUGCACUUUUACAGCAUUUUGAGUCGCACUAAAAGACAGUAGAAUAAAUCUGAAUGUUUGUGUGAACUUCGUUUAUCGUUUCUACUGUUCUUUCAUCUCAAGUCUGUUUCACUGUUUCUCCAGGUGAUGUAGUCUCACUUUGGCUGUUUUUUCAUUUGUUUGCCAAGAGCUGCAUUUACUGUGUUGUUCAUAUGCUGCUUGGCCACAAUAAAGUUGCCGCCUGGGGGUAACUCAGCAGACAGGUGGGGCCUCCUGCUGGAUCCUGGCUGCAGCUGGAGGGCAGGGCAACGUGUCCAGAUGUUCAGAUAUAUCGAGACUUUUUCACACAGGAUGUAGAAUAUAGGAAUAUCUUUAAAACUAUUUUCUUUUUACGUUUUUUACGGUCAUUUAAAGUAUUUUUCAUUCAUUUUGUUUUAAGAGCAUUUAAUUUACUUUCGUUUCAGUCAGCUGUUUUAAUGCACACGUGCCGAUCUUUAAUAAAAGUGCAUUUAGCCCUCAGGGCUGUAAAUCAGAACUGUCUCUGGUUACUUGAC